ACCAUGGGCAGUGGGCUAAGUCCACCAACUCCAACAAUUCUUUUUCUUAGUUUUGCCAACUUUUUUCUAUAAAAACUGUCUUUUGAGAUACUAGUUUUUUUUCUAUAUCAAUUAGUCAUGAUGAGUGACAAGAGGCGCCCGGUGAUCGGAAAACUGAUCACUCGCGGACUAGGAACAGGUUUUGAGGGGUGCGCGAGUCCAACGACUCCUUUGGAAUACAAAGUUUUGUCACCUACGGGUGUGAUAGAGCUCGAUAUGGGUGGAGUUGGUCUUGGUAUAGUUGCAGCCCUUGAAAAUAUACCGGUCAUUAAGACGAAAUUCAGCUGUGAGAACGCAAUGAGGUCUGACCCGAUUCCAGUGGGUCGAGCAAGAAACGUUGGUGAUCGUGAUGUGGAAAUGGAAGAUGAAGUGGGAAGUUUUGAAGAAGAGCAUACGAUUGUGACUUAUCGUAAACCGGAUAAAUCGUUUACAAAAGUUUACCAUGGCAGGAAAGGGAUUGAAAGUAGAGGAAAAGGAAGUAUUUUCAACAUAUCACCUGCAAGAUUUGGUGAUGAUGAUGAUAAUAUGAAGGUGUGUCUACCUUCUGGUUUUCUGAGUUCAUGUCACUGGUGCAACAAAAGGCUUCAUGGCAAAGAUAUAUACAUGUAUAGGGGAGAUAAAGCAUUUUGCAGCCCAGAAUGUAGGAGCAGGCAGAUAUCCUUGGAUGAUAGACCAGAGAAAUGUUGCAGCUCACAAGCAACUUCAAAUGGCACCAGUCGUGAGAUGUUCACUGGGAUAUUUGCAAUUUAGGUGAACCGCGGAUGUUCACCAUGAUUCUUGCAAUUUAGGUGAACAUUUGACGGGUGCCUAAUUUUUGAUCAGACACAUGUAACGUCCAAGAUUAUAAUCUGGGCAUGAAUUGUAUUUUUGAAUAUAGGGAAGUAAAAGUGGAUAUUAGUCUAUUGCAAAGUACAAA